AUGCAGGCCCUCGUCGUCAAAGGCCCCGGUGAUGGUGCUGUUGAAACUAUUGCCGUUCCACAGCCGGGACCCGGUAGCAUUAUCGUCCGUGUUCUCGAUGUGCUCUUAUACAAGGCCACCCCCGACUUCUUCUACGGCGCCCAAACCGACGCCGGCAUGACACUACCUUAUCCUUUGGUUUUUGGUGGUGCCGCUAUUGGUCGCGUCGCAGCCAUUGGGUCAGACUCCACAGCAUUUAGUCCAGGCCAGCUUGUGCUUAUUGAGCCCCAUCUCCGCGCCCGCGACGAUCCUAACAUAGCCGUGGUAUGGGGCGGUUACGAUGGCUUCGAUCAACGCACCAAGCAGUUUGUUAAGAACAACUGGCGUGACGGCAGCUGGGCCGAGUAUGUUCGCGCCCCAUUGGAGAAUACGUGGGCCCUGAGUGAGGACAAACUCAUUGGGAAACUAGGGCUCCAGACCCAGCAUCUGUUGCACUUGGGCUAUCUACCCGUUCUGUACGCAGGACUUCGAAGGAUUGAUGUUCAAGCUGGGGAAACAAUCCUGAUAUGCCCAGCAACCGGCAUUUUUAGCAAUGGCGCUAUUGCUAUUGCCCGGGCCAUUGGACUCAACGUUAUUGCUGGAGGCCGCAAUACCGAGAGCCUGGAAGCUCUCAAGGCCCGUUUCCCAGGAAUCCAAACCGUUCAACUUAAAGGUGAACCGGAAGAUGAUAGCGCUAUCCAGUCUCUAGGUCCAAUUGAUGCCUUUGUCGACGUGGGACCGGCGGCUGCUACCGGAACCUCUUACCUCAGCUCUUGCAUUCUCUCCGUUCGCAAAGGAGGCCGUGUGUGUCUCAUGGGCGGUCGAGGGGACACUGUGCUGCCGAUUCCAUAUUUAUUUAUGAUGUUUAAUAACAUUACUGUACGGGGUUCGCUUAUGUACGAUGCUGAACAUGUUCGGGGAGUUAUUCAGCUGGCUGAAUCGGGCAUAUUGAAGCUUGGUGCAGAGAGUGGCCUCGGGAUCUUGGCGACUUAUUCGCUUAGAGACUACGCCAACGCCCUGGAAAGGGCAAAGAGCUGCUCGGAAGGGAACAUUGUUGUUGUGAAACCAUGA